UUCGUCAUUCGAUGACAUCAUGACAUUUAUUCACGACAUUAACGACGUUGCUCAAGUUGGCAGCCGGGAGCUAGAAUCGCUGUAUAAGCUUCUAAAAGACCUAGGAAGAUCGCCUAUGAUCUCCAGACUUCAGAACAAAGCUCUGGUACUACCACUCUCACAGGCCGAGUCUUCAGUGCUAAACAUGCUGGUUCGGGAAACUCACCGGCCAGAUCCAACAGCAUACGUAGCUUGCAGUUUUUCUGCAGGAGCACACCAAUCCAACUUAGACUAUUUGUCAAGACGUAUAGAAUCUGCACAGAAUCCGGUUGACCCUAUAAAGCAAGCAAUUGUCCUGACGGUUGUAACGGAGACAAUGGCAGCAGCUUGGCCGUUUUACGGUAGUGAUUCAGAGGGUGUUGAUGUGUGGCUAGGUGAGAAUGGUAAGGAGAACGAUUAUCAGGAGAAGAAGGAGGAUGGGGAGGAGGAGAACAAUCAAGGGGAGGAAGCGGAUGACCAGUGUGCCGGAGUAGAAGUUAGGACUGUGGUUGUAGAUAAGAAGGUGCUGGAGGAGUUGGAGAAGGAGGUUAAGAGAAAGAGUGCUACAAGCUGGAUUGCUGAUAGAGCCCUCAAACGUUUUAGAGGAACUCAAUAAUAGACUCUGCAUGUGUUACCAAUUUUUGAUCUAUAAAACUAUUCUCAAUAUGAAAAUGAAGAUUUGAUUCGGGAUUUUUCAAGCCAUUAUUUUUUGAUAAUCCAAAAUUCCUUUCUAUCUGAUAUAAAAUAUUAAGACCUUUCAAAGGUAAUUUAAAAGCCUGAAAAAAUAUUCGUAACUAAGAUUUGUUUCUAAGGAGAGGAUUGCGAUAGAUAUAACCAUGACCACUGCUGGACGUUGAAAAAGACUGGUAUCCAAUCAAAAUAAUACAUAGGUCACCACUUUGGGGUGAAUUGAGACAAGUGGAAAAAAUCAUGGUUUCAAUCGCAAACAUUCUAAUUGGAAAUGAAGCUGGUAAUCUGUAACAUAUUUUUCUUAGCUAAAGAAUACAAUCUUUAUUGGGAUGAAAUAUUUUUGGUUCUGAUUAAGUUUAUAAUUAUAUCAAAUACCUUUAGUUUUAUCUGUUAGCAAAAUGUGCAUUUGUAGUUUUGACGCAAGAAAAUGGAACUGUUUAGAAAUCAUUGACAAAAUUUACCACCCGCACUUUUCUAAUAGACGAUGCUAAAUUAAUGUAAUAAUGUACAUACAAAAUCUCAAAAAAAUGUAAUUUAAGUAGACUUAACGGAUAAUUUAAUUUUCUGGUAAAGUGUUUUGGCUCUGGACAGAGCUGUUAUAUAGCUGUGACGGGGUAUCCACUUUCUACAAGUUGAAAUUUUUCUUUAAAAACUUAAGUAUAAUAGCAUGGCCAACAAAUGUGGGACCCCGUAACUUACUGCAUUGAUAGUUGCACUAUCAUGAUAGGCUUCUAAAAUUUUCGAACAUCUUCAACUUCAUUUUGGAAAGUUUAUAAAUGAUUUGAGGUGAAAGACGAUGACACCAACUAUGAAAUAUCAUUCACCCAGUUAAAUUUUAUAAAUGCUCCUUAAAAUCACAUCCCUCAAGCUCUCAGUAGUCAGUACGCGACGCCCGGGCCGGGCCGUUGCGUCGGCGUCAUAAUUUCUCUUAAAAACAAUGUCAAAAGAUUGUCGACCACACACCCAGCACCACGUGUUGGGUCUACCUCUCCUGGGCCCUGGUAUUA